CCUCCCUGCUUCCAAUAGUCUCUGCAGCUGCAGUUUCCUGGGGAGUUCGGAAGAAGAGGCAGAGGAGCCCACCCCCACACAUCUUGCCAGCUUUUACCGCCCUUUAUUACUGCCCCCUUCCUCUCUGCCUUCCUCCCUUCUCCCCUCUUCAAACUCAGAGCGGGUGGGGUCAGGAGGGGGGGACCAAUGUGAAAGAGGAAGGAGACGUGAAUAUUGACUAGCCAGCGUGCCCUGCCCUCUCCCUACCAGGCAAGAGGUCGUUCUCCAAACGGCAGCGACCUAUGUGGCUGCAGAGGCUGCCUUACACUCAGGGCAGCACCAUGUGAACAGUGGCUGCUCACAAGGCAGGACGGGACAGUUCGCAGCAGCCAGCAUCCGGCCCAGCUCUCCUAGGGAGGGAAGCCCAGAGCCAGCCAGCUUGAAUUGCCCGGAUCCCCAGGACCGGCUUCUGGGGGUGACUUGCCAACGGGCAGCCUCCAGCCUUUCCUGAGGUGCCAAGCGGACAUUCCCAGAGAACCAUGAACGGUGUAGGAAAUAUGACAAGACCUGAGGUCAACAUCAGCUGCCUCUCCACUAUCGAUGACUUCCGCAACCAAGUAUACUCCACCGUGUACUCAAUGGUCUCUGUCAUCGGCUUCUUCGGCAACGGCUUUGUGCUUUAUGUACUCAUCAGGACGUACCACGAGAAAUCAGCCUUCCAAGUAUACAUGGUGAACCUAGCCGUGGCCGAUCUGCUCUGUGUGUGUACGCUGCCUUUUCGGGUAGUUUAUUACGUCCAACGAGGUAUCUGGUCUUUAGGGGACUUCUUGUGUCGACUCAGUACCUAUGCUUUGUAUGUCAACCUCUAUUGUAGCAUCUUCUUUAUGACCGCCAUGAGCUUUUUCCGUUGUGUGGCCAUAGUAUUCCCAGUCCAAAACAUCAAUCUGGUGACCCAGAGAAAAGCCAGGGUCGUGAGUGCGGCCAUUUGGAUUUUUGUUAUCCUGACCAGUUCGCCCUUUUUUCUGAUGAGCAAAACCUAUAAAGAUGGGAAUAUCACCAAGUGCUUUGAGCCCCCCCAGGACCCAAAAAGUAAGAAAACGGUGAUGGCCUUACACUAUGUCUCAUUAUUCUUUGGCUUCAUCAUUCCAUUUGUUACCAUAAUUGUCUGUUACACGAUGAUCAUCUUGACCUUAUUAAAGAAUUCAAUGAAGAAAAAUCUGCCAAGUCGUAAAAAGGCGGUAGGAAUGAUCAUUGUUGUAACAGCUGCCUUCCUGAUCAGUUUCAUGCCUUAUCACAUUCAACGCACGAUCCACCUUCACUUUUUGAACAGUGAAAAUAGAACCUGUGAGUCUCUCCUGGCCAUGCAGAAGUCGGUGGUCAUAACCUUAUCUCUGGCAGCAUCAAAUUGCUGUUUUGACCCACUCCUCUAUUUCUUUUCAGGGGGUAAUUUCAGGCAAAGGCUGUCCACUUUUAGAAAGCAUUCUCUUUCUAGCAUGACCUAUGUACCCAAAAAAAAGAUCUCCUUCCAAGAAAAGGUGGAUGACUUGAGCAAAGAGUAGGGUCAUCCUGCCAAGUGAAAUCUCUCUUAUGUCAAGGAGAAAAGUUAACCAAAUAGUUACUUGCUAUAAUCAGAUAGAUAGAUAGAUAGAUGUGUGUGUGUAUAUAUAUAUAUAUAAAUACAUA